AUGUUUCCGCUGCAGAAAUUAGGAUCGUCUGUCGAUCUUAGCGUAUGGAUGUCACCAAUUAUACACCAAGAUGAUACCAAGACUUGUUGUGCCAAUGCAUUUGCGACCAUUUGUGAGUAUUUAAUCCGACGGACAAAUAACUGUCCAUAUACAAUGCCGUGUAUCAAUCUAUCCCGGUUAUUUAUCUAUUACAACGGACAACGCAAAGAACAGCAAACGCGUCAUGUUCAAGAUCUUGGCGUUCACCAACGAAAUAUCGCGUUAAGUAUGAGAAAACAUGGCAUAUGUGAAGAAGAAUUCUGGCCGUAUCGAAUGCGUUUAUUAAAUAAACAACCGUCUGUGGCUGCAUAUCGCCAAGCAAACAAAUAUACAGUUAAUUUACUUUCUGUCCCGGUUACUAUCGAAGCGAUUGAAACAUGUCUACAUAAUCAAAUUCCGGUGCCGAUCGACAUUAUCAUGGAUGAUGAAACUGAACAGAUCANUCAUUCAAAUAAACUCAUCUAUUCAACAUGCUCGGACGAACAACUCUUGUCAGCAACAACUGGAAUGGUGAUUAUCACACCAUUGGCUUUGGUAACUAUGGCUAUGGCAUCUAUACACAAGAUAGUGGAAUAUGCACUUCACUUUCAACCAUACACUGGAGUUCCUGCAUCCAUUCGUCAACACUACAUCAGUUAG